GAAAGGCUGCUAGCACGCCAUAUACCAACUGAAUCGAAAUGAGCUCAUACACAGAACUAACGCCAGAAAGAGUAUAUAAGGAACAAGAUCGAACUCGAACUUGAUCAGGACUACAUGGACUAGUGACCCGGAGAACACCACCUACGAAUCAACCACCUACCAACUGAAUCAAAAUGAGCUCAUACACAGAACUAACGCCAGAAAGGGUAUAUAAGGAACAAGAUCGAACUCGAACUUGAUCAGGACUACAUGGACUAGUGACCCGGAGAACACCACCUACGAAUCAACCACCUAGCAACUGAAUCAAAAUGAGCUCAUACACAGAACUAACGCCAGAAAGGGUAUAUAAGGAACAAGAUCGAACUCGAACUUGAUCAGGACUACAUGGACUAGUGACCCGGAGAACACCACCUACGAAUCAACCACCUACCAACUGAAUCAAAAUGAGCUCAUACACAGAACUAACGCCAGAAAGGGUAUAUAAGGAACAAGAUCGAACUCGAACUUGAUCAGGACUACAUGGACUAGUGACCCGGAGAACACCACCUACGAAUCAACCACCUACCAACUGAAUCAAAAUGAGCUCAUACACAGAACUAACGCCAGAAAGGGUAUAUAAGGAACAAGAUCGAACUCGAACUUGAUCAGGACUACAUGGACUAGUGACCCGGAGAACACCACCUACGAAUCAACCACCUACCAACUGAAUCAAAAUGAGCUCAUACACAGAACUAACGCCAGAAAGGGUAUAUAAGGAACAAGAUCGAACUCGAACUUGAUCAGGACUACAUGGACUAGUGACCCGGAGAACACCACCUACGAAUCAACCACCUACCAACUGAAUCAAAAUGAGCUCAUACACAGAACUAACGCCAGAAAGGGUAUAUAAGGAACAAGAUCGAACUCGAACUUGAUCAGGACUACAUGGACUAGUGACCCGGAGAACACCACCUACGAAUCAACCACCUACCAACUGAAUCAAAAUGAGCUCAUACACAGAACUAACGCCAGAAAGGGUAUAUAAGGAACAAGAUCGAACUCGAACUUGAUCAGGACUACAUGGACUAGUGACCCGGAGAACACCACCUACGAAUCAACCACCUACCAACUGAAUCAAAAUGAGCUCAUACACAGAACUAACGCCAGAAAGGGUAUAUAAGGAACAAGAUCGAACUCGAACUUGAUCAGGACUACAUGGACUAAUGGUCUGGACCACCUACGAUAUUGUACUCAAAAUUUGAAUUGAAAAGUUCGGGUUACAGGCGGAACGGCCAAAACAAAAGCACUGGUAGGCGAAAAGCUUUGGAGCAAAGCUCGCGUGUCUAUGCGCAGUGAAACCGUUAGCCGAAUCGGAUCGAAACGAAUCGGAAUCACUCAGUCACUCUCAACUCACGCAACACACAGGGUGGGUGGAAAAUCGUCGGGCGGAGCAGUCGAGAAUCUGGACGAGAAUCGACCGACCAAGUGGCGCUAAGGAAGGCAGGCUACUAAGGCUAAGGCUAGUAAGGCAUCCGGUUAUCACACCACCGAAUAUCUCGCGAUUUCUUCAGCCAAAGUCCCGCAGCAGCGACGUGUAUAUCUAGUAUACAUCAUCAUCAUCAUGUUAUUUAUGUGUCACCAAAAGGUUAUGAAGAAGGAGGCCGAGGAGAAGCUCAAAGCUGAGGAGCUCCGUAGGGCACGAGCCGCUGCUGAAAUCCCCAUCAUCUGGAUCUUGGGCGGACCUGGGUGCGGCAAGGGCACUCAGUGCGCCAAAAUCGUGGAAAAAUACGGAUUCACACAUCUGAGCAGCGGCGACUUGCUGCGCAAUGAGGUGGCUUCUGGAUCGGACAAGGGUCGCAAGCUGCAGGCGGUCAUGGCCAGCGGUGGCUUGGUGUCCAACGACGAGGUGCUGUCCCUGCUGAACGACGCCAUCGUGCGGGCCAAGGGCAGCUCGAAGGGAUUCCUCAUCGAUGGAUAUCCGCGGGAGAAGAACCAGGGCAUUGAGUUCGAGUUGCGCGUUGCUCCCGCCGAUCUGGCGCUGUACUUUGAGUGCUCCGAGGACACGAUGGUGCAGCGCAUCAUGGCUCGUGCCGCAGCUUCGUCUGUGAAACGGGACGAUGACAACGAGAAGACCAUUAGGGCUCGCCUCCUGACCUUCCGGCAGAAUACCAAUGCUAUCCUGGAAUGUUACGAGCCCAAGACCCUGACGAUCAAUGCCGAGCGUGACGUGGACGAUAUCUUUCUGGAAGUCGUCCAGGCCAUUGACUGUGUGCUGAAGAAAAAGCAGCAGAACGCCGCCCAGUGCUAGUUGAAUACUCAUCCAUUUGGAAACCGGUACCAAAGUCAACAUUUUCAGUGCACUUUUUAGAGCGAAUCACACAAUCUCAGAGCUGAGCACAAAUGAAAGCGAAACACCAAAUAAAUUAGUCUAAAUCUAUAUUAUGUUACCCAUAUUUAAUGGCAUUAUUCUUCAAUCAAUUGCAAGCAAUAAUUGAUCUAGUGCUUUAAAUAAAUUUACACAUACAAAUGGAAUGUUUAGAAACAA